AUGGUAUCGAUCUCCCAAGGCAGUGCUCCUACCUCUAGAGCAAGGGUUAGGAACCAUAUCUCGAGUUACGGUGGACGUACCAUAUUGGGGUUUAUGGUGGCACGUUUCUUUGGCUCCAUGGCUCUUCUUUCUGCGUCUUUGGCUACCCCUUGGCAGGAUUGUGAAGUCAUUUAUCGUUGGAAGGGAUAUACCCUUUGUCUUUCAUAUACAUUUCCAGUCGUUUUUUUUUACUCCAGUGUAUUGGGAAUAAUCGCGCUAGUGUCGAAGGAUCAAAGUCGCCUAGCUACUCGAUUGAACAUCGUCCUCUUGCUUUUAGCGAUGUGCGUCUACACCUAUCGCGACAUUUGGCCGUUGGCUACAUACGACCAGACCCCGGCAGAUGCUGCUGAGGGUCACAUACUUUGGUCAAAAAUCAGUCUUCUCGCUUUUAUAGCCAUAUUCAUUCCGUUGUUUUGCCCUCGUCCUUACAUUCCUGUUGACCCCAAGAACCCAAUGCCUAUACCGAAUCCAGAACAGACAUCCUCAUGGAUCUCACGAGUCACGUAUACAUAUAUCGACUCCGUCAUUCUUCUGGCCAAUAGAGUGUCGCACCUUAGCUAUAAGCAGCUCCCGCCGCUCUCGGACUACGAUGCGGCAAAAUAUCAAGCGCAAGAAGCCUUUCCGCAUCUGGAUACCUAUCGUGGGGCCAAACGACGACAUCUCUUUUUUGGAAUGGUGUACCACUUCCGUAAGAGGGAGCAGCUGGCAAUUCUUUGUCCAGUCUUGGAUCAUUUUCUCAUACUUAUAUCAGUACUCACACGAAUCAGGUACAUGGAAACUGGCGGAGCUAAUGCGACGGUCAAACCUUGGUUAUGGAUUCUUAUGAUCCUCAUGGGACCCGUGUUCAGAUCUAUGUUCCAACAUUGGGACCUAUAUAUUGAGACGGUGAUACUUGUGCGUACUCAGGCAGUCCUCACUCAGCUUGUUUUCGAGCAUAGCUUGCGUAUAAGGCUCAAGGCUGAGGCUCCCAGCAACACAACCGCUGUAUCUGUUACUGACAGCGUGAGUGAUGAUGAGGACGUCGAAACUAUUGCAGACGACAGUUCUGCGGAAGGCUCGACUGUUCAGGCCUCAACCUCACGCACAGCCUCUAGUAAGGACGGUUCUUCAACGCCUGUGUCUGUCAAGGGGAAGUCAAAGGCCACGGACAAGGAGCAGGCUAAGCCUUCUGCUCCGAAAAAGCACGCCGGGGAUGCUGAGAACUUACUCGGAAGAAUUAAUAACCUCGUCACCAGUGACCUCGAUAGUAUCGUCGAUGGCGCUGAAUUUCCCAAUUUGCUUAUUUAUAUACCUUUGCAAAUCACGUUUUCCAUCAUCUUUUUGAGCAAGGUACUUGGUUGGAGCGCCCUUGUGGGUCUCAUCACCUUGCUCGUUACAAGUCCCCUCAGUGGUUACAUGGCAAAGUGGGUCAACAAUGUACAGGAAACUAAAAUGAAAAAGACUGAUGCGAGAGUUCAAACAAUUACCGAAUCAAUAAACGUCAUACGCAUGAUCAAGUUAUUCGGAUGGGAAAAUAGGAUGUCUCGCAAAUUGGACGAAACGAGGGAAGAAGAACUUCGCUGGAUAUGGAAGAUGAAGGUGAAACGCUCAUUCUUUCAUCCCACUAUCAUUCCGUCUUUGGCCAUGUUGUUAACAUAUGCUGCACAUACCGUCAUCAUGAAAGAAAAUUUGACUGCGUCGAAAAUUUUCUCUAGCAUGGCUGUGUUCUCCAUCUUGCGGGACCAAAUUGGCCAAAUUUCUUGGCAAGCAACUACAAUCAUUGAAGGCAAAGUGUCACUCGAUCGACUCACGCAUUUCUUGCACAACACCGAGGUCCUUGAUAGAUUUACGAAUUCGGACAAACCUUUGGCAAGCGGUAUUGCUCUGCCCUUGGAAGGCGAAAAUGCCGAGCAACUUGAGAUUGGCUUCCGUAAUGCCACUUUUGCCUGGUCGCUCAAAGAUGCGGAUGGAACGCUAACUCCUUCAAGUCGAAGCUACAGGCUUCGUGUACGAGACACAUUACUAUUUAAGCGUAAUUGUAUAAAUCUUAUCGUCGGACCAACUGGGUCAGGUAAAACGUCAAUAAUCAUGGCUUUACUCGGAGAGAUGCAUUUUAUACCAACGGGCCCCGACUCAUGGUUUAACCUUCCUCGCCUAGGGGGUGUAGCUUAUGCAGCCCAAGAAUCGUGGGUACAAAGCACAACUAUAAAGGAAAACAUUCUAUUCGGUUCACCAUACGAUGAGGAGAGGUACAAGAAAGUUAUAUAUCAAUGCGCAUUGAAACAAGAUCUGGAAUUGUUUGAAGCUGGAGAUGCGACAGAGGUUGGUGAACGCGGGCUGACUCUCAGCGGUGGUCAGAAGACAAGAGUGACGUUGGCACGCGCUAUUUACUCAUCAGCGGAUAUCGUCUUACUGGACGACAUCUUCGCUGCUUUAGACGUUCAUACGUCAACCUGGAUAUUAAAUCGGUGCCUUCGGGGAGACCUCGUCAAAGGAAGGACAAUUAUCCUCGUAACUCACAAUAUUGCUCUCGUGGGCCCUGUUGCCAAGUUUGUCGUAUCAAUUAAAUCAGAUGGAUCAAUAAGCUCUGCGGAAACCGUCACCGAUCUUGUCGAACUGGCUCCUGAAAUCGAGCAGCUUGAUAUUCCUGAUCCCACCGAAGGCGUUUCAGCCUCCGUAAAUGCAUCAGGUGAAGGAAAACUUGUUGUUGCAGAAGAGAUUGCACAGGGACACAUAACCUGGCGUUCACUGAAAUUGCUUGUAUUUUCCCUGGGAGGGAGACACCCCGUUUUAUUCUAUUUGGCAUUAACAGUGAUGCUGUCUGCCACCCAAGUAACGGCCAUCUUGCAGACAUGGUUUCUUGGCGUAUGGGGUGCUCAGUAUGAGUCUCGUGCGCCUUCAGAGGUUUCUCUUCCAUACUACUUGGGCAUGUUUUCUACGCUCAUUUUUGGCCAAACAUUUUUAUCAUUUGGGAUGAUCAUAUUCUACAACUAUCGCACUGUUGUUGCGUCGCGGGUUAUCCAUGCCGCACUGAUGGAAUCAGUGUUUGGAAGUACAUUCAGGUGGUUGGACGAAACACCCAUCGGACGCAUCAUCGCGCGAUGCACACAAGAUAUUCGUACCGUGGACACUAACGUGGUUCAGUCAUUCCUAUGGGUCAUUGACCAAAUAAUUGGGCUGAUUAGCAAGCUCGGUGCUAUUGUCCUUUUCACUCCCAUCUUCGUAAUUCCCGGUGUUGUCGUUGCGAUUGUCGGGACAGUUUUGGGAAGUAUGUACCUGAGAGCGCAGCUUUCGAUUAAACGGGAAAUGAGCAAUGCUCGAUCGCCUUUACUUGCUCACUUUAAUGCAGCAAUUCAUGGUCUAGUUUCGAUUCGCGCAUACGGAGCGCAACAAGCUUUCAAAGCAGAAUCACUCUCUCGUAUUGACCACUUCUCACGUAUUGCACGGUCAUCUUGGAACGUCAACAGAUGGGUUGGCCUCCGUACAGAUUUCCUGGGCGCAUUUUUUACUGCCUCCCUUGCAUUCUAUCAAGUAUACAUUCAAAACACCAGCGCAUCAGAUACAGGAUUCUCUCUCAACAUGGCCAUCGGUUUCUGCACAUACAUUUUCUGGCUUAUUCGGAUAUUCAAUAACUUUGAAAUCGAGUCUAACAGCUUGGAGCGUAUCCAGAGUUACAUUGACAUUGACCACGAGCCCAAGGCAACCUCUACGGGAGUGCCACCAGCAUCCUGGCCUACGAGUGGGGACUUGCGUGUGGAAAAUUUGACAGCUCGAUAUUCACAGACAAGUCCAGAAGUACUACAUGGUCUAUCGUUUCACAUACAUUCUGGAGAAAGAAUUGGCAUCGUCGGUAGAACAGGUAGUGGGAAGAGCUCAUUGACGCUCGCGCUUCUUAGAUGCAUUCUUACCGGCGGAAAGGUUUAUUUCGACGGGCUACCAACCGAUGAGAUUAACCUUGAAGCUCUUAGGUCCAGUAUCACUAUCAUCCCCCAAACACCGGAACUGUUGAGUGGUACACUACGUCAAAAUCUCGAUCCAUUCGAGCAACAUAGCGAUGCAAAGCUUAACGAUGCAUUGCGAUCCGCAGGACUGUUCUCGUUGCAGGAAGAAGCAGGAGAAGCUCGACUUACACUGGACAGCAAAAUUGCAGGCAGCGGUAGUAACCUAUCCGUGGGUCAGAGGCAGAUAAUUGCUCUAGCUAGAGCUAUGGUUCGCGAGAGCAAGCUCCUUAUCCUUGACGAAGCGACAUCUGCCAUUGAUUAUAAAACGGAUGAGAUUAUCCAGAACACUCUACGUACUCGACUUGACGCUGGUGUUACAGUCAUCACUGUUGCACAUCGACUUCAGACCAUCAUAGACGCGGACAAAAUCAUGGUUCUUGAUAAUGGCAACAUCGUUGAAUUUGGCGCUCCCCAAACAUUAUUAAGAAAUGAGAAUGGUUUUCUGAGAGCAAUGGUCGAUGGAAGUGGGGAUAAAGAGAAGUUGUACGAACUUGCCGGGGGCGUGUAG